AUGGAACCCGAGGGCUCCGAGAACGACGAGCACCAGGUGCCAAGCAGCAACUUGGCCCGACGCGCAUGUGAUCAAUGCCGUGCUCGAAAAGCGAGGGCCAAAAGCCACAUGAGCCUCGAAGGCGAGUCCUUAUCUCUAGUCAAUAGUAAGUCAUCUGAAUCCAGAUGGUUGAUGAUUUGGGUAAACCCAAAACAUUCGGUCGGCGCGUUGACAAGCAAGCGCAGUGAGCACAAGAUAGAUUUUAUUGAAGAGCGACUAGGCGGCAUCGAAAAAGCUCUGCAGGAGCUAGUCGCUGCAUCUCGAUCGCAUGUGCAUACACCCAAUGGAUCUUUUGGACCCCCUUAUCGAUCACCUAUACCAAAUGCUCGCGUUAAUUCUCCUGCGGUGAAACUUGACCAUGCGGGCCUCAAAGGCCCGGGGUAUACGUCCAACUUCGCUAUUGAGCAACAUGAUCUAAGCUCUAGCUUUGAGGGGAAUUCAUCUCUCGCAGCGCACUCGGUAUACGCUCGGGAAUUCUUGGAAUCUGCCGUUUCGCAUAGCACGCCCGAAGUCUUAUCGAGCCCGAAAAUAAAUGAGGCACUGUCAUCAUUACGCCGAAUUGUGGAAUUGCAGAAUAAACGCCGGGAAACCGAUCCACAAAGGGCUCAUUUUCCCAACCAGGAGAGUAAAUUGGGCUCUCGUUGUGAUAUUCGUGAGCUGAAAAUGCCACCGCAAUCAGUCGUUUUGACAGUGUUGAGGGAGGUGAAAGAUAAUCCGCCGUCUACGUUCGGUGGCUUUAUUCCCUUCUUUGACGUAGAUUACUUCAUCGAGACAUGUCGACAAGUCUACUUCUGCACCGAUGAAUAUUCUGACGCAACAUUCAUUUCUGCUAAUUUUGGACUCUACUGCCUUUUCAUCGAAUUGACAUAUGUAGAGAAGGACCCAGCUAUCCGUGACGAGUAUCAACAUUAUGUACAGAUGAGCAAGCAUAAUCUGGAGGCAGCAGUAGCCAGCUUGAAUAUUUUGAUGCCGGUGACCAACGAAUCCAUUGUUGCCCUUAUUCUUGGAGCAAUGCACGGCCUUGAAAUUUCCAAGCCAUCUGUAGGUUGGACACUGGCUUCAACAGCUCUCCAUAUGUGUCAAACCUUGGGCUACCAUCGUUUGUCCUCCAUGGAGCAUGAUACCCCGGCAGUUAGAAAGCAAAAACAGCGUAUAUUUUGGUCACUAUACACUUUACUAAAUUUGAUGGCUCUUCGGCUUGGUCGGGCGUCGCCCAUGGAAGACUAUGACAUUGGACUGCCCCCUCCCUCGGAGACGUUCGAUGAUGGCACAAUAUGGGGUAAAGUAUGCGCCUUGUGGACAACGCAGGCUACGCUCCAAAGCAAGGUAUACACUCUUCUGUAUAGUCCCGCUGCUCUGAAUCAACCCGAAAGUCAAAGAGUUUCCCAUGCUCGUCGUCUGGCUGCAGAGAUGAAUACAGAAAUUAUCGAGCCAUUUGAAUCCAUCAUGUCCACCAGGCUUGAUUUGAAUGAUAUGGAUAUUGUUUAUCUUCAGACUGACAAGGUCAGUCGGCUCGCGAUUCUGACGUUAAUAUACCGCGCGAUACCUGCCGAAUCAGGCUCCUCCGGCACAUUCAUACCAGAAUGUAUUGAAACAGCCCGAGCCUCACUGCAAUGUCACCAAGGAUGUGUUGGCUCCUUACAAGAAGCCAGCGAGGUUAUUCGCUGUUCUUAUAUGCACUGGGCCGUCCUACUCUCGCCAUUCGUUCCGUUCAUAGUAAUGUUCUGCCACGUAAUUGCAACAUCCGACGAAGACGAUCUCACUCGACUCGACGACUUCGUAGCCUCUCUUCACCCACUUUGCUCGUUUUCCCAGGCCGUUGAUCGCCUCCACAAUAUUUGCUCCGUUCUCGCUACCGUCGCGAGACUGUACGUUGAGACUAAAACUCGAAGUAAAGCGGAAAAGGAUCAGAACCUUGCUUCAGUCGGACAGGAGUUUGAUGUCUAUCUCAGUGCCCUGGGACUGGCACCUGGAAAUACCAUGACCAGUUCGGGGUACUUCCAACCCGAUGUACCUGGCAUGCAAGUCGAAGCUCCGGAGUCUACUGCACAUAUGCAGGACUUAUCUAUGCUGGCUGUUCGGUCACAGCGUUCGAAUCAUGAAGCACCAUCUAUUACCGAGAUUUCACAAGCAGCACAGUUGGGAAAUUGGUUCUCAGGGAAUCAAUACAUGAUGGGUCUUUUGGAGGAGGAUCUGUUUCAGUUUAAUCCCAACGGAUGA